UACGCAGCAUUACAACACCCGCUGUGGCCACCAUUUUAAACUGUCCUUGUUCACACACUCUCUGAGUGACGCGAAAAAAACAUCAAUGGCUUACUUUAGUUUUGUGGGUUUGAUGCUAUUCGCUUUGGUGGCUGGCUCCGCCUUUGCUCAGGCUCCGGGGGCAGCGCCGACCAAGUCCCCGCUGGCUUCUUCUCCUACGGCUGCUCCUCCGCCUCGCACCUCGACUCCAACGUCUUCUCCCACCAUGUCUCCACCAGCCUCGGCUCCCGCUCCAACUACCACCGAUGCCCCCUCCAGUGCGCCGGCCAGCUCGCCUCCAGCUCCUCCCACAUCAUCCCCUACUGCAAACUCUCCGACUAGCUCGCCUACUGUUCCUACCACCUCGAUUGCCAAUACGCCGACCGAGUCUCCAACUGGUUCUCCCGGCGGCAAUGGCGCAGCGUUGAACAGAAUCACCACCACCGGAUCUGUUGCAUCGGUCAUCUUAGCGGUGACUUUGUUGCUGUAGGUCCGAUCGGAGUCUUGCGCGUCUCUCUGCUACGCCACCGUAGCCCCAGAUUUGCUAGGGUUUGAACAUCAGCACCAGUUUUCUUUUCCUUGCUAAUUUUACUUUUAUCAUGGAGUUCGCAUUUCUUUUUUUGAAUUUUUUAGGUUACACUGGUGUCUGCUGAUUAUCAUAAUCAUCAUUAUUAUUUGGGUCUGUACUUUUUCAUUUUUUUCACGUUUAUUGUUACUGGGUAAAUUAUGUUGCAGACCAUUUUUAAGUACUCAUUAAUUUUUUGUUA